AUAGUUGAUUUAGCAAUUUUUUAGUUUCAAGGAGGUUUCGUUUCGACUUGAACUUUUGAAGGGCGUGGUUUCUUCUCCCCCCCCCCCCCCCCCCCCCCCCCUUUUUGAGAAUACCGUGUUUAUAUUUUUUUGAUUUACUGAUAAUGUGCUGUUUUGAUAGUUAUUUAUGUUUCACAAGUUAGGUUGUUUUCCCACCAGGUCUCCUUUUUUGGGCGAGCUUUUGUUUUUGAUCCAUUUGAAGAUAAAUUUUAGCGUAGAAACGUAAAUGUACAGCCUCUUUUGCGUUCCAUUAUUUCGAAACCUGAUGCUAGUAUUCAAAUAUGUUUACAAUGUUGAUGGCGUCACUAAGAAAAAGUAUCUGGAUGAAAACAGAAACUUAAUUGUGGCAAUAAUGGAGAGUCAGAAAACGGGAAAGGUGGCCGAAUGUGCACAGUAUCAAGCCAUCCUUCAAAAGAAUUUAAUGUAUUUAGCAGCAAUUGCUGAUGCCCAGCCCCAAGGAUCCACUUUGUCUUCACCGGCUCCAAGCUCAGUUACUCCACAUGGAAAUUCCCAGAUGAUGCAAACCCCAUCAUCUGCAAUGCAGCAGCAAGCUGGAGGCUCCAUUCCCAAGCUGCCAUUCCAGCUCAAUGCUCUCCGGCCUCAAGAUCAGCAGAAUCAACUGAUGCAGUUUCAACAGAUGCAAGGUGGCCACUUCAGUCUCGGAGGUGGUGCCAAUAAUGGGCUGCAUAUGCUUAUGCAACCGGGGGCUGGAAAUUCAGGCGGUUUGCGUGACUUGAGAAUGAGCCAGCAGCCGGGCAGUGCAAUGGAGGCUAGUUCUGGCGAUGCUCAAGGUAACUCGGGUUUAGGACAUAUGGAGGGCAGAGAAUGAAAUUUCACAUUUCUUGCUUACUUUUUGUCAUCAUCGUCGUCAUUUACUUAGACUCAGACUCGUUAGUGAAGUUCGACUAAAGAGAGCAAUGAAGAGAUUUAUGGGAUGUUAGCAUUGCAAUAGCAUGAUGUGUUUCUAUUAUAUGUUCUUUUGUUGUUAAUUAAGGCAAGUUUUUAUCACAUAAGGCAGCAUAACUGGC